CAGGAGCGAGGAGGAGCGGCUGGGAUGAGGACCAGUCAGAGCCGGGCUCCUGCCUCUGAAAGCCGGAUCUGUGGCCCUCUGAAACUCAUUGGGUGUUUUGAUUUUAUCCUGACGGGUAAAAGAAGACAGGCGCUGACCUUCUGUGCCGCUUUCUGGACCUAAACUGGAGCUUCACUGGAAAAGGUGAAGCCAUUCGCCUGAGCGUCGCUCCAUAGCCUCUCUUCUCCCUCAGCUCCCUCCCAAACGCCUGCGCUCCCUCCUCCUCCUCCUCCUCCCGUUGCCAUGACGAGCACCCUGGAGACGAUGCUGCUGCCCCCGGACCAGGAGCUGAGCCCCGAGCGGCUGGACGCCUGUGAGGACCCCGGUGGACGCUACACGGUGGUCCCCUCGGUGGUCUGCUCCAUGUGCUGCCUCUUCGGCAUCAUCUACUGCUUCUUUGGGUACCGCUGCUUCAAGGCGGUGAUGUUCCUGACGGGCCUGAUGUUCGGCUCGGUCGUCAUCUUCAUGCUCUGCUACAAGGAGCGCGUGCUGGACACCCAGCUGAGCGUGGAGGCCUCGGUGGGCAUCGGGCUGGGCAUCGGCACGCUCUGCGGCCUGGUCACCAUGCUGGUGCGCAGCGUGGGCCUCUUCAUGGUGGGCCUGCUGCUGGGCCUGCUGGUGGGCGUGGCCACCCUGGUGGGCAUGGCGGAGCUCUCCGAGAGCCCGUCGCGCUCCGUCUGGGUGCCGCUGGGCGUGCUGCUGGGCCUCGGCAUGCUGUUCGCCGUGCUGACCCUGCAGUGGCAGCGCCUCUUCACCACGCUGUCCACGGCCGUGUUCGGGGCGGCGGUCAUCACGGUGGCGUUGGACUACUUCGUGGAGCUCUUUGCGCUCCUGAUCUACAUUUACGAGCGGAUUAAGGUGGAGCCGGGGAAGCCCGUGUGCUGGAUGACGUGGCUGGUGCUUGGGGUGUGGCCCUCCCUCACCCUGCUGGGGGUAAUAGUCCAGUGGAAGGUGACGGCUGAGGGAUACUCCCACACCAAAGUAAUCAUCAGCCGGCAGCAGAGGCGCAUGCAGGUGAUGCGGAUCCGUCAGCGAGACGACCGCUACCGCAACAAGAGGAAGAAAAAGCAGCAGCAUGGCUCCUCCCACCAUCACCAGGCCAAGCAACUCAACGCAGAGCCCGCCUACCGCCGCAAGCCCAACCCCAUCCGCCGCUACGACACCGACGUCCUGUCGCCGAGCUACAUCCAGAGUUUCCGGGACCGGCAGGUUCAGGCGCAGCCAUUCCCGGGCCGGCUGGUCGGAGGCGCUCACGCCGUGGUGGAGAUGGGCUACGACUGCGGCUCCACGACGCCUCUCACCGGAGCGGCGGGGCCUCCUCUACGGGCCUGACCGCUCCUCCACCUCCCGGAGGCUUGACCAGGGAGGCUCCUGACUCUGCCGCUGGAUUUGCAAUGCAGAAACAACUUUGGUUGUCGACUUUAAAAUUGCGUAGAGAUCCUGGUUCAAACAACCUCAGCUGGCUGCGGUCACGGUGGUCCAUAAAUUAAUCAAACCUCUCUUUUUGUUUUUUGUGAAGCGAAACGCACAAAAAAGCGCAUGCUAAACACAAACACACGCCGCAGCUACAACCCUGACGGGUGACAUGGAAACCCGAAGGAAUCUGCCUCCACCUUCGGUCAAAGAUCGGGUCUCGGCGUUCCACUUGCAAACCCAUCUCAGGUUUUUAACACGAGAUCCGUCCAAACCCAGCUCCUGUUCUUUCCUUUC